AUGACUCUGUUUCAGGUGGUCGAGACAAGCUUUAUCCUUCUGGCACUAUGGACCUCCGUCGAAGCAAUUCGUCGUCUCUUUUCCCAUUCCUUAUCCCACAUUCCAGGCCCCCGACUGGCCGCACUCACCUGGUGGUAUGAGUUCUACUACGACGCCGUCCAGUCCGGACAGUACGUUUUUAAGAUCCAAGAACUUCACAAGCAAUACGGGCCCAUAAUCCGCAUAACUCCGGAUGAGGUCCACAUCAACGACGUCGGAUACCUCGACACAAUUUACGCCCCGUCCAUGACCCGCCUGGACAAGUAUGACUAUCAACUACGCACCUUACGUGUUCCCGGUGGUGUCGGGACUACUGCCGAUUAUUACCUUCACAGGAUCCGUCGAGAAGCGCUCCCUCCCUUCUUCAGUAAGCGUAAUGUCCUAUGGCUUGAAAGUGUGAUCACCGAAAAGGUGAACCAACUGUGCGGUUUGAUCGCCAAACAUGCGGCGACGGAAACUCCCGUCAAUCUAUCGGACGCGUUCUAUGGCUUUUCCAAUUAUGUUGUCAACAACUUUUUAUUUGCCCACCAAACCGACGUACUCGCCGAUGAACAGGAGGCGGCCAGACUCCGCCACAACAGUCACGAGUUGCUCAAGGGAAUCAACAUGAACAAGCACUUCCCUUGGAUCCCUGAUAUUCUCGAAGCACUACCACAACUCCUCACCAGGCCCACCAUGCCUCCUGGGCUAAUUGACAUGCUCGAACUCUUUGAUAGAGUUCGCGCGGAGUUGAUCACCAUCAUCACCCGAAUAUCAUCCAACACUUCAGGGGAGAAAGAAUCGAUCAAUACAGGCGCCAAAGGAUCAGUCUACGAAUCAGUCCUCGACAGCCCAAACCUCCCCGCAUCCGAAAAAGCCCUUCUACGCCUCGAACAAGAAGGCGCAUUACUGACCCUCGCAGGAACAGAGUCCCCCGCCCAAACACUCAAUAUAAUCUUCUACCAUCUCCUCGCCAACCCCUCUCUCCUGACCAAACUUCGCGAAGAACUAGCCACCUUGCCAACGCUAUCAACCUGGACACAACUAGAGCAGCUCCCAUACCUGUCCGCCAUUAUCGAAGAAGGCAACCGACUCUCCUUCGGCGUUACCGCGCGCACAGCCCGAAUCCAGCACACGCCCAUCACCUACACUCCAUCCGCUAUUACGACAUUGAGCGCCCACACAGCCGAAUCGGUCUUCCCGGAUCCAUAUGCGUUUCUUCCCGAGCGCUGGCUGGGGGAUGAGGGUCGCGAGCGCAGGAAGUUCCAGUUGACGUUUUCGAGGGGCGGGAGGAAGUGUCUAGGGAUUGAGCUUGCCAGGGCGGAGCUGUAUCUGGUGACUGCUGCGCUUGUGCGGAAGUUCGAUUUGGUUCUGUGGGAGACGGAUGAGAGGGAUGUUUCUUUUGAGCAUGAUUAUCAUGUUGCGAUGCCGAGGGAUGGGUCGAGGGGGGUGAGGGUCGUGGCUAGGAUACGUGGAGGGCUAGCUUUAUCACGCGACCGUUUGACUACCAAAUAG